UCCUUCUUGUUCCUGCAUCCUCACUUCACUUCUCUGUACACCAAUUCUUGCAUUUCACUUUCUUUCGCGCUUCAUCACAAACUCCACCAGCCCCAAAAUGCACCACCACACCCUCCUUCUCCCCUUCCUCCUCGCCGCUCUUACAUCCGCCAAACCAACCAAACGCGACGACACCUGGGGCGGCGCCCUCUCCCUGGGUCCCACAACCUCUCACAUAAUCCACGCAAUCACGACCCUCGUCCCGGGUGCCGCGCCCUCCUCCCAGAACGGCGAGCUCUUCCUCUGGCCUGGGAUGAGCAACGGCACCGGAGACCUGAUCCAAACCACGCUCGAGAGCUGGCCUGACAAUAGCUGGUGCGGAGCCACGCCUGGACAGUGGUGUGUGCGGGCGUCGCUAUUUGGAUCGUUUGGGCAGCUAGAUGGGCAGGCGGGGGUGGUUGGGGAGGAGGAUCAGGUUAGGAUUGAGUAUAGUAGAAGUGCGGAUGGGUUGGUUUGGAUUCAGAAUGUCACGAAUGCAGUAACAGGAGCGUAUCUCUCUUCUUUUAGCCAUGAAUCUGGGCCGAUGACUGGAUGGGGGACUGGAACGGAAUGCGAUGAUGAUUGUAGUGGUACUGUUUCCGCACAGACGUAUAAGAAUACUACGAUUACGCUUGCUUCUUCUGAUACGGCGUUUGGGGAUACGCUUGGUGUUUCUGGGGGGACGACGUAUAGCGGGUUGAGUGUUAGUGCUGAUGGGACGGUGUGGCAUAUUGAUAGUAUUAGUGUUCCUGCUAUGGAUUAAGAUGAAGAAGGGAAGUUUGUUGCUGGUGGGGUUUUCUGUGUCUAUAUUUCUCUCCUGUGAGCAACGAUUUUCGGGUCAAGCAGAUACUGCCUCGAAAAAGAGAGCCACAAACUCUGAUCAGGUUGAUAUUCUCCUCUUUUCCCCAAGAAAAGAGCCUAUAUGAACUGAGACUUCAAAGAUGAUGCAGAAGUUGUCGUCAGUCCAUGUCUAUGUCUCAUCUCGUAGCCCCGCACAAGGCUACCGUCCUUCUUCCAUCGCAGCCUUCGCAAUUAGGCGACAUCCAACCUCA